AUGACGUACGGCGGGAAACGAACUGGCCGCGCCGGGCGGAAAAACACGCGCCUCUUCGCGUCUCCUUUGGCGUUCAUCAAUUUGGCUGCUCUAUCAGUAGUUAUACUCCGGAGAGCAGACCUCGGACCUAAAGCUGCUGUCAGGGAUGGCAUCUUAUCCAACGGUGUCGAGGCUAGAGACACCCCAAGCAUACAGUUUCCAGAUCAGUCCAACGAUCCCCUGACUUUUUCCUCGCCCAAUACUUCCGCAACACUCGAGCAUGACCCGAACUCAGAACGACGGAAACGGCGUAAAACUGAAAAGGAGAAUGAGCCGAGCUCAUCAGAGCAAAUCCGCAUCGUCGGCGCAGAGAAUGCAUCGCUUCUGGAGAAAGCAGAUGGGCGACUCAACGUGCCUGCUGCCACAUUGGAAAUGCCCAGCAAAGGCGUUCAGACUCACGGCUUCAAACCAAUUGCUCACGGUACUGCCAUCACAGGCGAUGACUUAGCUGUCGCACAAAAUGGAUUUUUUCCCGAACCCGAGCUCGCAUCGAACCCUCACAACGCUGAAAGUGUGCCUGGAUCAAAAGAUAUGACAGAUGGCGAAAUUGAAAUCUCGAAGACGCCGGUACUCCCGCGGAAGACGUUGAAACUGAAUUCUAAUGGGAAACUCCUGAGCUCACCAACCACAAAGCAUUCGGAGGAUAAGACUCAGAAAAGGACCAGCAAGCGUGCGAAAAAUGCAAUUCAGAAGCUAGAGCAGAGCCGCAAAAAGAUUAUCAUUUUGAAAUAUACUAGCGAACCCGAAAAGGUCAAACAGAUAGGGAAGCUGAUUGACCUUAUUAUGACCGGGAAAACGAAGUAUGUCCCCUCUCGGAGUUCAAAACUUCCCUCAACUCGGGUCGUCGAGAAACAACAGCCGCCGAAGCCUACACACCCGUUCUUCACGAAGCCCACGCGCAAGCCAGAAAGCUGUUCGCAAGCUUCCCUCCCGUCUGCUUCUAGCCCUGCAGCUUCUGAAGCAACGUCCACGCUAAAUCAACGAAAGGACAAUGCGGAUUCUGCUCCGAAAUGGGGCUUUCUCACUUCUUUCAAGCCACGUGUGAAGUUUGCCGAAUCUAUACACCCAGUCUGGCCUCCUAAGGAUCUUGGUCACAUUCGAGGCAUCCCGGAGGAUUCGAACCUACAACAUAUCGAGGCUCCUGGGCCCAUGAAUGUUGACCAGAAGAAAGCAAAGAUGGCCACUGUUCAAAUCCGCGAUGAUGAAAGUAUACUUCGUACACAUACAAAUCAUCUUACUCGAGACGUCCCGGCGGCAUUACGGAUACCAGAGAGGCACGUUGCCAGCGGGCAGACUUUGCAGCAAGCUAUAGUCCCGGAACUUUCUGAACUCGUAUUGGCUGAUGACGCCAAUGCAUCUGUCCGCCACCCUGCCGUAGCGAGAAUCUACUCAUCCAUCCCGCAUAGCAUGACUGCGUUCGAUCGGGGAACGUAUGAGUCGGAUCUGUGGACGCAAAAAUAUGCCCCUUGCUCUGCAGAUCAGGUUCUUCAAACUAGCAAGGAAGCACUCAUGUUGCGGGACUGGUUGAAGUAUCUCGUGAUAUCCGCCGUGGAUACGGGGAAAUCAACGAGGACUUUUGAAAAAACCAAUGAUGAAAUUAAAAGGGCUAAAAAGCGCAAGAAGUCGGAUAAACUCGACGGCUUCAUUGUGACAAGCAGCGACGAGGAAUUUCAGAUGAGUGAGGUUACAGAUUCGGACGAGGAUGAAUUAGCUGGCGGAGUGACAGUCUCAGCCAAAAAGACUGUUAUUCGAUCAGGUAACUUGGACACUAGCUUGAAGUCUGGCGCUGGGAAGCCCCGUAUGUCCAACGUGAUCCUCCUGAGUGGUCCUACAGGGUGCGGUAAAACCGCAUCCGUUUAUGCAGUGGCCAAAGAGCUCGAUUACGAAGUCUUCGAGAUAAAUUCAAGUAACCGCCGAAGCGCCAAAGACAUCUUGGAGCGUGUGGGUGACAUGACCAGGAAUCAUCUCGUGCAUCACGUGGCUAGUGCUGAGGACAAUUCCAAAACUCCCAAGUCAGAUAUUAACCUUGAACUUCCAGAAUUGGAUCAAAGCAAGCAAAACAAGCUUGGAGGGUUCUUCAAACCUGCCGCGUAUAAAACCUCGACCGCGAAGAAGAGUGCCAAAACUAGCAAGAAUGACGCCCGACAGGAAACCGAAUCGAAACAACUGCGAAGUCAGAAGCAGUCCUUCAUCCUUCUAGAAGAAGCCGAUAUCCUCUUUGAUGAAGACAAACAAUUCUGGUCUGGAGUCAUGACCCUCAUCACCCAAUCAAAACGUCCAAUCAUUAUUACUUGCAAUGAUGAAAAGCUCAUACCGCUGGACGACAUUUCAUUCCACGGAAUUCUGCGGUAUAAACCACCUCCACAACGCCUAGUUGUUGACUAUCUUCUUCUCCUGGCCGCGAAUGAGGGCCAUAUGUUGAGGCGAGAAGCUGUCAACAAUCUCUAUGCUGCCACCGGUAAAGACUUUCGGAAAGCGAUCAUGGAUCUAAAUUUUUGGUGCCAGAUGGCCGUUGGAAGUGAGAAAUCCGGCCUGGACUGGCUUAUCGAUAGGUGGCCCAAAGGUACGGAUCUGGAUCGCAACGGUGACCCGUUGAGAGUAAUCAGUUUGAAUACGUAUCGCCCCUUCAUGGGCUGGUUUGGUCGCGAUGUCCUGCUGGGUGACACGCUGGACAGCCAUAUCGAAGUGACAAAGGAGUCCUUGCAGUGGUGGCAACUCAGCCUGCAAGAAUGCGACACACAGGCGGAAUCGCAAUUUGAUACUGUCUCAUCACCAGACAACAAGCCUACGGUGGAAACCUCUGAGCGUCUGCAAAGGCUGAGAUAUCGGUCCGAUUAUGCGGAUUUCAGGAGCGACCUCGAUGUUCUGUGCCCUGGCUGCUCUCUUGACGCCAAAUUGGACUCCAUUGAUACCACUAUCCCUACCAUGUCCGAGAAGCAGAGAGCGAACUACAUUGACGGCUAUCCUCUUUUGCAGACUGACCUCGUGCUUGAUUACUCCUCACAAUCCUCAAAUAUAGGGAGUACAUUCGAGGUCUUCCUAGGAAGAGUUUUCCGCAAUGGGCAUGAGGCAGAUAUCGAGUUUUCACAAGGCCGGAGAGUUUUGACACACUCUAUGACUCCAAAACCAGCAGGCCCUUCUCAGACGACAUUACUUGCCGCAUUCGAGCCCGUCAGACGGGCUGACCAUUUCUACCCCUCCUCAACCGGACGAUUAGCACCAUCAUUCGAGAACGGGCUUCGGCCUCUGUCCGAGGACCUGGCGCCGUAUAUCCGUGCCAUCAUGGCAUUUGAUCUCCGCUUGGAACAGUAUCGAUUCCAGUUAAGUGGUCUUCUCUCCCUGAACACGGAUGGCAAGAAGAGAAUGCGAAAGACGAGGGCAAGCCGCGCGGCACUGGAAGGAGGAAGCAAGGCAGAGACGCGUAGAGAACGAUGGUUUCCGCCGGAUACAAAUCCUUCGUUGAUACUUGCCACAGGCAACAAGGAUUGGCAGGAGCUCUUGGUCCGGAGCGGGCAUUUUGUAGUGGCCCCAGUGAGGGAAUCCAGCCGGGAGUGCAGUGACCUCGCGUCUGAAGCUUCGGGUGAUGGUGGGAUCGAGAAGGAUAUGCAAGAUCGGACAUGA